AACGGUUCCAAUUUCGGUUCGUAAAAAGUAUUUUUGAAAACGGUGGUCUAAUAAUAGUAUACCAUAUAACUGAAGUAAUAAUUUUUUCUAGAAAUUCGUAAAUUAUAUUUCGUUUUCUUUUUCGAGAUUGUUAAUCUAUAUUAUUUUUGAAAAACAAUGUCGAAAGAUAAAACAACAAAGAGAAAGCAUGAGAAAAUCAUGACUACUUUUCAUGUGUAUAAUCUUUUCGUUAAUAAAGCAUUAUACUGAGCUGAAGUCUUUUGUAAUAGUUUUAGGUGCAUAGUUACACAAGAAGAGAAAUUUUAACUUCAAAGUCUCGUUCUUAGUUAGAGUUAGAACAAUUUUACUAUAUUUCAUGAAGGUCAUUUUUAGAAGAAUCAGCUUUAAAAAUACAAUAUUUUGUUUGAUUUCUUACUACGAUAGAACACAGCUGAAGAACCCAUAACGUUUUUUAUUUGGAAAAAAUGAUUCUUCAGACGAAAAGCUGUCUUUGAUAACAAAAAGCUCGUUUAAUACUUUUAGCUAUUUUUGACUUCUCUUACUAUCCGGAUCCUAAAAAUACGCAUAGUUUAUUGCUGCUACAAUGGUAAAUUGAUUUCUCUGAUUUUAGUUUAUGUAAUACUGAAUCAGUCUCCCCUGUUACUAGCAAAACUUUUUCGAAAUCCCUAGGCUCUAAUGAGCACAUUCGGGCAGCUUCCUCAUUAUUUAUCGUUCUUUUUCGUCAGUCAUAACACUAAGCAACACAUAUCUCUAGUUCAGUAUUUAACAAUGUCUAUAUUAAUAAUUAUUAGACAUGAUGUAUUGAUGACUAGAAAUUAUUUUUAUGCAUUAAUCAACUUUUUUCUUCAGUCCCAAAUUUGUAACUAAAGAAGAACAUGAAGCUGUGGCAUUACGACGACGACAAGUAGAAGCUGAAGCUAUUCGUCAACGUAAUGAAGAAUUGCGUAAAAAAUAUACUUCAUUCAAAAAGGAAGCUGAACAAACAGCUACAAAAGAUGAUCAAACAGGUCGAGCAAGAAACGACGUACACAAGGAAGAAAAGAUUGAGUACCGUAAAUGA